CUCCAUACUGUACUUGUUUACUGCUGAUCUAAAUUGUUUUCCUCGUGUCGACUAAACGGCGGACUCCAUUAUUGUGUAUAUCGAGCAAGGGGCUCAAAUCUCGCCGAAAGUGUUGACGGCGACUCUUUCCGCCAAAGCAGUCUCCUACAAUGGACCCAAUCACUGAAGAGCAAUUCCUAACAUUGCGUCACUGGGCGUUUGCAAUAAAACGGCGUCCGGGAAACAGUGCGAAACUAUUCUUGAAAUUGGAGAAGGGUCUCACUGAAGAGCAGAUCGACAAGUGGUGGGAUGAUGCUAUGGUACAAAUUUCGCAGGGACCAUGUCAGCUGAAAUUCUCUCCUGCCCCUCCUCCGCACCUUGACACAAAUGAUCCCAAUGACUCUCAAAGUCAUCAGAAUCUGCCCCUCGGGUCGCUCCUCUCGGCUUACGAAAUUCCACAAAUUGACCAGUUUUCGUUGACUGAUAAUGCCGGUCAACUCAAUCCACAGGAAGUCGAGCCACCACAGGCUGCACACCGAGUCCAGCGCUGCUCCAGCGCUAACUCGUCCCACAGUAGCUACUUGGGGUCCACAGCCCCGUCGACCAACAGGGCUAGCUCUCUUCUUUCUGUGCCAUCUGAAGAUUGGGAGGGCAUCAAUGGUCUAAAUAGACUGUCGGGUGCUUCCUAUGGGUCAUCUUCACUGACCGAUAAUACAUCUUCAUCGUUGUUCUCUUUUACCGAGCUAUUGGCAGAGGAGGAGGGUAACGGGAAUUGCCUCCCAGAAUCUAUCGACCCUGCCAAGUUGACCACUAAUUACCAUUCUCUGGCCGGACCUUCCACCAAGGUGCAACAGCAACGACACCCAACCUCCUUGCCCACUCACGGUAAUCAGCAAAGGAGACCACAAAUUGCCUCUUCCAGCUCUUCCACAAGUGAAAAUUUACCGAGAUCCGACAAAACAUCGGGGAGUUUUGCAUGCACUGCCUGCCAACAUUCCUUCUCUGGUAAAGGAGAAUGGAAACGCCAUGAAGGCUCCCAGUGUGAGCCACAAAGACUCUGGAUCUGUAUGCUUAGUGACCCCGCAAUAUCAACAGAGAACGGAUGGAUUUGUGCCUUUUGCCUCGUCCUAUGGCUAGGUCCGGAUCGCGCGGGUAUUGAUACGCAUCUUGAAGAAGAACACAAAGUUAGCCAGUGUAGCAGGAAAUCUGUUGAGGAUCGAACUUUCAAGAGAAAAGACAAACUCAAGGACCACGUACAUCGGGUUCAUGCCUUGUCUGAUAACUCGAGGUACUGGCGCGCUUGGAAUCAAAAGACUGCCCCUCAGGGUAAAUCGGCAUGGGGAUGCGGAUUUUGUGGCGCAUUUUUGUUCACUUGGGAAGGCAGAUUGGAGCACAUAGGCGAGCACUAUGAGAAGGAGCAUCUCGAUAUAUCACAAUGGUCACAUUCGCUUACGAUUAAAGGACUAUUGAGACAACCAACUGCUAGCUUUAAUAUUCAACAAGAAUGGAGGGACCUUGUCAAACCCCACGGUGAUAAUAACCUAGGAUGGUUGAGAGAGGACGCUGAAGACCUGAAGCGCAAACUGGAAUUCCGCGAAGGAACACCACGAAGCCUUGCUGCCGAGGCACUCAAACUGGCCAAGAUCUUAAACCAAGAUGGCAUCCCAUCAUCCGCAGACAGUUUUUGGAAGAACCGCGUUGGGCGAUCCAGUACACCACAAGAUCUAAACGAAGCUGGCGAUAAGGAGUGGCCACAAAAGCCAGUUGCCCCAUCCCUGUGUUUGCCAGGAAUCGCCCAAGUGAUAGAGAAUCAGAGCCCGUGGAACCUCCACAUCGUUGAUGGGACGUCCCGCUGCUCUGGAGAUACUGCUAUGAUUGGUUCUUUACCGGAUGUUGAGAUGCGAGACAUUACUUCGAAUUAUAAUGUUUGAUCUGGUAAAAAGGGCAUUUUUUCUAACUCAUAUCUUUGAUAUUGGGUUUCCGGGUUAGGAGGACAGUGGACUUCAUUUAGAGCGGGAGUCCGCAGACACCUCUAUAAAGGUAUCUAAUCUUCAAUCACCAUUUUGUUUCGCCAAAUUCGAGCGAAUCGAA